UUUAAACAAAAACAAACGCGCUUAUUGUCCAGAGUGAAGAGUGAGAUGGGAAACACGGUGACCGACAGGGGCAGCAGCAAAGAUACACCGCCCCCCUAUUGACUUAGCUACUGACCAGACAGACUUCCUUUAACUGACCUCAAGACAGCCUGCAGGCGACACUGGGACACAACAUUGACUGACGCUUUACGGCACACCUCACUGGGACACAUUAGACAGGACACAAGAUACCACUGGUGGACCUACUCCCCCAACCGGGCACUGGACACAGCAGUCACCAGACUGAGAAUUGGCCACACCCGCCUCAAUGCCCACCUGCACAGGCUGGGCAUGACUGACUCACCACUGCCCCUGGUGCCCUAUCCAGCCUGACACCCAGAACACCUGCUCCUGCACUGCCCUUGUCACCACUCACACCGCGUGGCCCUCCUCCACUCACUGUCUGCUAUUCACCCACACAGGCCAACACUGACUGACCUCCUGGGUGGCUGCACAAAUACCAUUCAGGCUUUCAAGACCCUCAACCUCACCAGGACCUUCCUACAGAAAACAAAUCAACUCCACCACAUAUAGCCUGAACACCCCACCACCGCAUACUGCAUCUUUGGGGCACUAGAGGCUAUGACACACAGCCUGCACAGCCCCAACAAACCCCCAAGAAGAAGUGAAGAGUGAGACUGAGAGUGAGUACCACAGAAUAUCUGGACUGUGACACCUUUUGUGGGUCAGCAGCGAUUGGCAAAGCGAGAGACAUGAAGUGGUAAAGUGACGUAUGAGAGAAAUAUGAAUCGUUCCUUAGUAGAGAGAGGUGUUGGUGGUGGCCAACGGGUGAGGGAUGCCAGUGUGAAUGUGGAGAGUCUUGUUAUCAAAGACUCUCAGGUAUGGAGGUUUGUCUCCCACUUACUCUUGCCUUUAAGUUAUGCUUAGAGGUGGUCUUAAAUGUUAGACACAUCCGCAGGUGGCUCAACUUCGAGAGACAACAAAGAUGGCAUGUUUUCAGGGAACCCCAGCCCAAGACACCAAGACUUAUCUGCCCCACAGGGAUGUUUUGUGUGAACUGAGUGACGGUGAACUGUUGGCAGAGUACAGGCUGGACCGUGCCGGAUAUUUAGAAUUAGUAUAUAAUGUAUUGUGUACUUGUGAGUGUAUCUUUAAGUACUGAUGACGAGGUCGCUGUGCGACUGAUACAGGAUAACCUAGAUAGGUCCUGGUGGCCCUUUGUUAUCCUAUUAUUUAUAUUAUGUUAUGGAGUGUUGUUUGUGACAGACUUGGUGAGAGAUGCCUUGGAGAACCCCACGGGGAGGAGCGCUGCACUCACCCCAAAAAUGAAAGUGGCCAUUAUGCUGUGUUAUAUGGCCAGUGGCAGCAGUGCCACAGUGAUGGCCUGGGUCCCUCACAGCCUGCCAUCAGUAAAGCCAUUGCUGCCAUCCUGGAAGCACUGACACAGCCUGCAAUAAUAACAAGGUUUAUCAAGGUUCCUUGCACCUUGCAGGAAAUCAAAAGGAAUUAAGAUGAAUUUGUUGCCAUUGUAUGGCUUCCCAGGUAUGGUGGGUGUCAUUGAUGGCAUCCACGUGAGGCUUCUUGCUCCCUCAGAGUACCAGACUCUACAUUAACAGAUACAACUUCCACAGCAUUAACACUCAGCUAGUCUUUGAUGCCUCUUGCAACAUUUUGGAUAUUGUGGCAAAGUGGCUGGGCUCAACCACUGAUGCCUACAUAUGGCUUGAGUGUGGCCUGAAGAGGCUUUUUGAUGGUGAGGACAUCCCAGAGGACUCCUGCUGUCUGUUUGGGGACAGCUGGUACCCCUCCAGCCACUACUUGAUGACCCCACACAGGAACCCUGAGACAUUUGCUCAGAGAAAGUACAACAGGUCACACAAAACGACACAGUGUUGUGAAGUGAGGCGUUGUCUAGCUCAAUCAGAGAUUUCACAUUCUCUGCACAGAAAUCCGCCUCAAGUCUUGCAAGACCUGCCAUGUAAUACUUGCGUGUGCUCUGCUGCACAACAUCUGCAAGAUCAGGAAUAUUGCCCUGCCACAGAAGGAUGGGAAAGAGGAUGCAAUUGCCAUUGAAGCAGCUAGUGCAGUGGAUGGUCCAGAGUACAGGAAUUGUUGAUACAAAAGCCUGAAUUGGAAGUACUUCUAGAUUGCCUGUUUUAUCAAGAACAUGGGUGUCUGAAUCCUGCCUGCUACCAGCACCUUUUUGGCAUUAGAGGCUGUGGCAUCACUGCAUGCAAGGCCCCAAAUCCCCAACAAGAAUAAGAAUCUUGAGUGUCAUUUAGUCAUUGCAAAGGCUACAUUACAGAUCUAUAUCUCUCAGCAUUGCCUUGCACCGGAGAUGACUUGGUGAUUAGUGGAAGAAGGAAAGACUUGUUGACCAUCAGGAAAUGAACAUAAUUAUAGACAAAAAUCAGUUACAAGUAGAAGUGGCAUAUUGCUUGAAAUUUAUAAGUAAAGCAGGAGUGUCUGAUAAGUCAUGUAUUUGCUUGUUCUUGUGAUGUAUCAUGACUAACCAGUGUUCCCUUGUAGAACUGAGAAACGUGUGUUAUUAAGUGAUGGUGGGGAAAAUGUAAACCGAUGCUUAAUGACCGUUUGUCUUGUUAUGAUGGUGGAAUGCAUGGUGACUUAUGGCAGGGGAUUACACCAUUUUGUGUGGAAGGAAAUACUGAAGAAAAUACCAAAUGUUGAUAACCUGAGGCAUUUAGGUGAAGGCAAGAUAGCAUUCACCACUUCUGUACAGUUUGGUGCAUGUCCGAGUCAGAGGAAUGGAGACCAAAAGUGUGGUGCUGUGAAAGAUUUGCUUCAAGAAACUGAUUUAAUAGAUAGCACAGUAAAACGAGAUGACAUGAUGGGCAGCAAGGUUGCACAAGAGCACACCAAAGAUGCCUCUUCAGAAGGAAUUGUGGGAGGUCUUGCAAUAAACACAGAAGAAAACAGUCAAUGGGUGUCCACUGUCGCCCACAUUUUCAAGCUCAAAUUGGUGGAACGAGUGUUCAUGCUACUUCAUUGUGAGGACAUUGAUGCCAGAGCAGCACAUCAAAAUGCUGGAAGAGAAUUCAGUGUCAACAACAACCUCAGAGAUUAUGAAAGUAAACUAAGAAAUCUUGUUAUGAACCUUAAAUGGGAUAAGCUGGCAGGGAGAGUGAGAAGAUUAAGGGAACAUCAGAAUGAGAAGCAACGAGUGAAGUGUCAGAAUCCUGAUUCCUGCCCAGGAUCACUCAGGAGGAAACAAGAGAGGAAGAAGCUUGGGGAGAAACGUGAGGCAUCUGCGUCACUGACAGAACUGCAAGGAAACACUCCCAAAUAUCACAAAGCAGACAGCAUUACAGGAGAACACUUUCAGAACAGAGGAAACAGAAAGCAGAGAAGCCAAAGAAGAAAACUUGCUGAUGGUUGUAAAGCAAAAUCUUCAGCAGACUCAUACAAUUUUUGUGAUUAUGAAGAGCACAAGAUUCUUGACAGUAAUGGUAGAACAUGUAAUAGAAUUGAAAGAGAAAGUGAAUUUAAAAAUCUCCAUAAUACCAAAAGACAAAAUUUACAAAGUCUUUGCAUUGAUGACAAAUCUGAGAUGACAUCUAGUCAAGUUGCUGGUGUUGGAAGUGAUUCACCAGAGGCUGUGGUGUCCCUUGCACAAAGUGCAUCUCAGCUGAACAAAUUGUGUUCUCUCACAAAAACUGAUGAGUGUGAAGAUAAGGUAAUGAUGACAUCUGAAAUUAAGAGUGAAACAGAUAAGGUAGACUUUACACCACAAAAUUACAUAACAUUACAAAAUGAGCAGUUAAUUAGUGACUCCCUGCCUUUCCCUCAAGAACACAAAGCAGAGGAGAUUGAGAGAGAAAAUCAAAACUUCAAGGUGAAUUCCAGGGAACACGUUACAACCUUCAGAGUGUCCAGCCGUGUCUCGGGUCCCCUGAAACACAUUGUCACUGUCAAGUGGAUCAACCACACACUCACUCAGCAGCUGAAUGAGGCCAAUACAGCAUGGCUGCCAGACUGCAGGCAACCAUUAAUUGAUCUUUAUGUCAAUGUCACAGCAUCUCAUUUUAUUGUAGGUGCAGCCCUUUCUCCCAGACCUCUGUCCCUGCGGCCUUACAUUCCACACCUGACCCUGCGUUCCACCAUCAGCCACCUCAUGGCCACACUCUCCCAGGUGCCGCCUGGGGCCACCCUGCUUGACCCAAUGUGUGGGGGGGCAAGCAUUCUCCUGGAAACAGCAAUGAACUUUGAUCUAAGUCACGUGAUAGCGAGUGACAUCAGCCGGAAGCAGCUGGAGGUGGCACAAUGCAACCUGCGCACCGUCCCUCUUCCUGUGACUCUCUUGGAAGCAGAUGCUGAGAGACUUCCUCUGCAAGACUGUUCUAUAGACACAGUGCUUUGUGACUUUCCAUUUGGCCACAAGUACAAACUGACUGUGGAAAACAAACAGCUAUUGGCUGGAGUACUUAUGGAAGUAGAGAGGUUGUUGGUGUGUGGAGGACAAGCUGUGUUUCUGUUGUCUCCCUCACAACACCAGACUCUCUCUCAGCUGAUGUUAGGCAACACCAAUGCCUCAACCACAACACAUCCAUCUGCUGGUGAUGGUUUAAUGCUACAAGAAUCCCACUUAGUGUCACUUGGGGAAACAACAGCCUAUGUAGUUGUUCUUGUCAAGGGCAGCACCCCUGUAGAGGUGCUCAAGUAAAAGAAGAAAGAACUAAACUAUGUCACAAUAUUAUUUUCUGAUAAAGUAUGUUGAUUGCAUAAAUAUUCUAAGAUUC